CUUUAAUUAUAUGAAUACUAAACUAAAUAUCAUAAUUUAGUGAGGUAGUGAAAUCGUCAUCUGCCAAGAGGUUCUCAUAGAUCAGGUUUGCAGCAGUCGAUCUUUUCAAAAAUUGUAUUGAAAGGUGUCAUCAUGAUAGGAGAAAGGAAACAAGAUUUAUAUAUUGCUUUGAAAGAAGAAAGUAAGGUUUUGCAAAUGAAAUUUUCUCAGAUUUCAGCUGAAGCAAUAUAUUAUACAUUUUUGAAUAAACAAGUGAAAAACGAUAAAACUACAUCUAAUUCAUUCAAUAAUAUUAACUCUAAUGAACUCCAGAAUAAAAAAGAAAAUGCUCAGGAUUGCAAACAUAGUGACGUAACAAACAACAAUAGUAAAUACAAUCAAAAGAUAGGCAAUGAUAAUAAAAUAAACAAGAGCAGAUUGCUUUAUUACAGUCUGGCUAAUGAGUUUUCUGUUUUGAAAUCUAAGAGUGAGUGUGAGUUGAAAGAAGGUUUAUACAAAAUAAUUACCUUAAAUUCCAUAAAUAAACUGAAUAAGACAAAUAUAAAUAAUGCUACGAAGCAAAAGCAAAAAGUAAAAGAUCACAGUAAUAAAGUAAAUGUGAAUGACAGUAAAGAUGUGAAAAUGAAGCGUAAUAACAGUAUGAAGAAAACUGAUUGUCAUCAUGGAGACACUGAUACAAAACUAGUUAAAAGUGGUGGUAAACAUAACGAAUUAAUACAAGCUCUGAAAAAAGAGCAUUGUCUUAUGAACUGGAAGAAAAAUGCUGAAAAGGCAGAGUUAUCUUUCCUGGAACGUUUUGCAAAGAAGGAGAAACCAAAAAAGGAACAUCAUGUUGCAAAUACUAAACAAAAAGGUGUAGAAAAACAAUGCAAAAAAGUCUCCCAAAAAUUGCAGUUUGUGAUUCAAAAAAGUCUUUGUGAGGAAUAUAGACUUUGUUUGAAACAAAAGAAAAAUCGUGAAGAUGAAGAAAUUGUUUAUCAAAAAUAUCUAUCACAUUCCAUGGAUGCAAUUCCUCUUUCAGCUUCAAAAUCUAAAGUAAUUUCCAAAUCAGUGGGAAAAAGAAAAUAAAAACUGUUGCUACUGUUCUAACAAUAAAGAUGUAAGAAAAAUGAUAGUAUCAUGAGAUUUGGUAAUGGUAAAUGGUUUUCAGAGAUUUUUGAAAUCUAAAUGUGAUAUAAAUUAAAGAUACCACUAUCUUUGUCGUAUACUAUAUCGUUUGCUUUGACUUUUAACUUUUAAGUGUUUCAGUUAUUAGUGCUACUUUUUCAGAUAUACUCAUAUAUGUUCUGUGAUAUUUCAUUUUUUUUACAGUGUCCAUAAAUUCAAAUACUUCCACAAAAUUUUGAAGUAAAUAUUUUUUAUUUUUUAUUUUAUUCACUGAUCAAAUACUGAGGUCAGUGGCAUCAGUUAACUGCCUCUUUAGAAUAGUGCCUAAAUUAGAAACAAUUUUAUUCAAUGAAGUACAGCUAUGGCCAUAUGGUUAAGAAGUUUGCUUCAGAAUCACAUGGUUUAUGGUUCAUUCCCACUGCAUGUACACUGCUGGCUGACAUCUAUUCUAGCCACAGGUUAACCAAUGCUUUGUGAAUGAAAUUUGGUAGAGAAACUAGAGGAAUCCCAUCCUAUAUUUAUAAAUUUAUAUGUGUUUUUGGAUGU